AUGGAACCCCGCUACUCACGAUAUGGCUACCCAAGGCCGCGCUCGCCGACUUUCAACCCCGCGAGGGCAUCUAUGCCCAGCAGCGUUGGUUUUACGUCUAUGUACGGUGGGGACAUCCAGGUCAUGCCUCCUUCGUCUCGAUACCAGCCCGUUGGCUCCAGAGGCUACACUGCCGCCGGCCCACCUGCCAACCCUCCUGCUGCCGCCACCACCACCGCCACUCCUAGCUAUGCCGUCCCGAAAGACCCUCUAACCCGCGGCCCAACUAUUCGCGAACCUAGUCGCGCUCAUCGCUCCUCGACGAUUGAUUCAGCAGCCACCCGGCCCGUCAUCGUCACUACGACCCAGCCCCGGACGCAGCACGGUGCCUCGCAUUCCCACCACACUAGUCCAUCACGCGACGAAUUCCGUGCGAGCGACUCGCAGUUCUACACACAACCCGCUUCUUCUUCUAUACGCUCUCGGAGCCACCACCGAGGCACCUCGUACGCCGGGACGACGGACGACUACAGCUACUUGCGGUCUGCCGACACCUUGCUUUCGUCUAGGCCCGACCCGUACCGUCCGUCGCGCCCCGCCGUCCUCUACUCCGGCCAGUCACGACAUGAUCCAGCCGCGAUCGACUACGGCGACGCCGGGUACGAAUAUACAACACCGAGCGAUCUCGCCCGCUACGACUUGUCCCACGAACGCCCAUCCCGGUCGCGUAGGCGGGAGAGCCUUGAUCGCGGUUACCAUCGUCCGACCGUCAAUGUGCCCACUGACAUCGGUCGUCCUUACGCCAAUGCCACCGGUGCCGGAACGCGCUACGACAGUCGGGGCGGACCCCCGCCUACGACCCGGGGCUUCGAUAGGAUCAGCCGAGGCCCUACCGCCUCCGCUCCCUAUGACUCCAACCCGCUGCCACCGUCUAUUCCGCCCGCGCGGGCUGGCGGAACAUACGUCGAGCCUGCUGCUCCUCCCGCUGUCGAUCCCAAGACUUCCCGACGACGCCCCGUCUCCGUCUACCAGGAGCCAGCUCCUCGGUCUAGCCAUCACGAAGAUUACUACCGGAGCCGCGAGGAAGAUCGUAAUUAUAGGCAGCUCAAGGACCUCGAACGCCAGUAUGACCCCCCAUACGAGCCCGUUCAUGGCGUCUAUCGGGACGAUGACAUUGCGACCCGUGGGUUCGGCAUCCUCACUACCGACGGCGCACGUGCCGAUCCGGUUACCGUCGGGAGUGAGCACGACGAGCGCCGCGAGACUCGCAGAGAAUAUCGCGUCCCGGGUGAAGAUAGGAGGGGUGGGUCUGACGAAGAGAUCAAGUAUCCUUCUGGUCGCGAAACACGCGGCACGCGCGAUGACGACUGGAAAAGGAGUCGCGAGCCAUUCCGGCCGGAGAAGGAUACGAAAGACCCGGGACAACGGCACAGCCAGGCAAGCGAUGAGGAGCCCGAGCGGGUUAGGUUCCGCGACGAGGUCGGCACAGGCUUGGGCGUCGCCGCGGCCGCGCUUGGUCUCGGGCACGCUGCCAAGAAGGAUGAGACGCCAGCCGAGGAGUCCGAAAAGGAAUCCCGUCGGCGAAGUCAGGAAGAGGAAAUCCAGCGCGAUCGGGACCGUGAACGUCGGAGGGAAAGGGAAAAGGAGGAGGAGGAGGUGGCGGCGGCGGCGGCGGCGGCGGCCCGUUCUGCCGAGCGUGCGGAGCGACAUAAAGCUCGCGAAGAGUCUACUGAUCGGAAGGACCAUUCCGAUGGCGAGACGCGGGACCGUCAUCGGCGUGAAGCAGAAGCCUUCCGCGGUGACGAACCCGUCAGGGCAUCGACGCGGGAUGAUGGUUUAGCAGACGAAGACGACAAGACGGCAGGCAAACCAAGGCGGUCACGAGUGACAUCUGCGUUCGACCCCACCGACACCAAUGACCUGCGUGACUUGAGAGAACAGCUCUCAGACAUGAAGGCGUCCGAUUCCCCGAAGGAGAGAAAGGGGGACAAGCCCACAGUUGCGGAACGCGAAGAGGAUAUGGCCAGGACAACAAGACAGGAAUUACCUAGGGGGAAUCCGGCCGCUUUGUCCCAACAAUCUUCUUCGAUGUUGGUAGAAGUGGAUGAGUCGCAGGCACGGGGCCGCGAGGUGGUGCCCCGAAAGGCCGAAGAGAAGCAAGUUCGCGUGGUUUCGCCACCCCGCGACAAACAUGACAAGCCUCUCAAGAGCAUCCUCAAACCGCCAAGGAAAUUCCCAGAGGAAGAGAACCCGAUUCGCGAGGGCGUGGCCCCGCAUAAGGACGAUAAGAAGCUGCGAGAGGUCCCAUCCAAUGCACGGUGGACCAAGAUCUCCCGGCGAGUUGUGAACCCGGAGGCUCUGACGAUUGGGAAAGAGCGGUUUGAAGUCCGCGAUGAUUUUGUUAUCGUGCUUAGGGUACUGAGCUCGGAAGAGAUUAAAGAAUAUGCGACCGCAACGGCGCAGCUACGGGAAAAGGAACGCGAAAGGGAGCGAGGGAAGGAGCGGGAUCGAGAGCGGGAGCGGGAUCAGAGACCUGAAGAGGACGAACGACCAAGACAAUACCGCCACCAUCGGCGAGACGAUGAUUACGAACGUUACGACGAGGAACGUGAUAGAGAUCGAGAGCGGCAUCGAAGGCAUUGA